AUGGAGGUUCCAAGAGUCAACAGCCACGGUUCCAGACGCCGGGCGGUGCUGCCAUCUGUUGUCGGAGCGCGGAACGAGACUUCCAAAACAUGCUGCAGCCGGCGUUCAAUUACAUAUUUCAUGAUGUUACCGCCUAAGCUUGACGUCUCUGAUACAGAGGAAUAUUCAGUAGUGCCAUCUAAAGAACAAUACUUCACGCUCAGAUCCAUAUCUACCACACCCUCGCUACCACAUCUACCACACCCUUGCUACCACAUCUACCACACCCUCGCUACCACAUCUACCACACCCUUGCUACCACAUCUACCACACCCUCUCUACCAUAUCUACCACACCCUUGCUACCACAUCUACCACACCCUUGCUACCACAUCUACCACACCCUCGCUACCACAUCUACCACACCCUCGCUACCAUAUCUACCACACCCUCGCUACCACAUCUACCACACCCUCGCUACCAUAUCUACCACACCCUUGCUACCACAUCUACCACACCCUCGCUACCACAUCUACCACACCCUCGCUACCACAUCUACCACACCCUCGCUACCACAUCUACCACACCCUCGCUACCACAUCUACCACACCCUUGCUACCACAUCUACCACACACUUGCUACCACAUCUACCACACCCUUGCUACCACAUCUACCACACCCUCGCUACCACAUCUACCACACCCUCGCUACCAUAUCUACCACACUCUUGCUACCACAUCUACCACACCCUCGCUACAACAUCUACCACACCCUUGCUACCACAUCUACCACAUCCUUGCUACCACAUCUACCACACCCUCGCUACCACAUCUACCACAUCCUCGCUACCACACAUCCCUACCGCACCCUCGCUACCAUAUCUACCACACUCUUGCUACCACAUCUACCACACCCUCGCUACCACAUCUACCACACCCUUGCUACCACAUCUACCACACCCCCCUACCGCUCCUCCAAGCCUCACACUGAUGGCAUUUCCUUCCCAAUCUUCUCCAAUCUCUAUCAGCCUCGGACCGAAUCUCGAAUCUCGGCGGGGUUAGAGAGAUGCUUCAUAUUGCACGCGGGGACUUAA